CGCCUCCUCCUCCUCCUCCCGAGCGGACUGAAAGCAGCUGGGGCUGAGAAUCGAAGCCAAGCGGAGCCGAAGCCACCUCGAUUCGCGUUGUUUUCUGAGCCCGCGAGGCUAGCCAGGGCGCUUUCAUUGCACGGCGGGGCUUCUGUCUCAGAUCUGAAGAAGAAGAAGAGGAAAGAUGGCAUCAGGCUGCUUGAAAGUCACAAAAUAUUUUCUUUUCCUCUUCAACCUCCUUUUCUUUAUCCUGGGUGCUGUCAUCCUAGGUUUUGGAAUAUGGAUUUUGGUGGACAAAACAAGCUUCAUUUCAGUUCUACAGACCUCAUCAUCAACUUCAAAAGUUGGCGCAUACAUUCUUACUGGAGUGGGAGCUCUCACCAUGUUAAUGGGGUUCCUGGGCUGUGUUGGAGCAGUCAAUGAGAUUCGCUGCCUCUUGGGACUGUAUUUUACUUGCCUGUUGCUGAUCCUCAUAGCCCAAAUAGCUGCCGGCCUGCUGAUCUAUUUCCAGAGAAAUGCACUUGAAGCGGAAAUGUCUGGGAUUGUUAGUGAACUUGUCCAGAAUUACGAUCCUUAUGAUGACAACAAUAGGACCCUUGAAAAUGCUUGGGACUAUGUCCAGUUACAAUUGCAAUGCUGUGGUUGGACUGGGCCAGAAACUUGGAAAAACAACACAGUUCUUCAGGAAAGAAACCAGACACUCUAUCCUUGCUCUUGUUUCAAUGACUCCUUUAACUCCCUGGCCGAAGUGGGUUUCUGCUCCCUGAAUACUUUUUCCAACUCUUCAACAGUGGAUGACUGGCCAGUUAAAAAGCAGGGAUGUAUGAAAGGUGUGCAGAAUUGGUUACAAGACAACCUUGGCAUCAUCCUUGGAGUGUGCACGGGGGUUGCGGUCAUUGAGUUGCUGGGAAUGGUGCUCUCUAUCUGCCUCUGCAAGAACAUUCACACUGAAGACUACACCAAAGUGCCCAAGUACUGAGAGACUGAUGGUCUUGAGAGCUGCCCCAGAACAUACAAAAUGCCCCUUUCUUAAAUCCAGACUGUCUUCAUCCCUCUGGUGACAACUCUGCGGUGUUGCUGCAGUUCAAUUAGGUUGUGCGGUAUUGAUGAAUUAUUUGAGGGACUUGGGCAGUCUCCUUUUAUCUCUUGACUUUCUUUUAUGAAACAGGCCAUUUAAAUCUUCUCCUCCUUGUGAGAUAUCCUGCACCUUUAUUGCCAGCACCUCUUCCUCCCUUCCUUUUAUCCACAUUUGUCGAGUGUGACUAAGCUUAGAGUAUUCACAUAUUCCAAUUGUUGCAGCUGUUUGCUAUAUGUACAUAAUCCUUAUACUGUUCAUCGAGGAAGAUUUGGAGGGAGGGGGUUCUAGCUGUUGUGGUUUGAUAUUUUUUUAAUCACAUGCUUUUAGAAAAACACGCUGUAGAGAGGAGCAUCUCUCUUCUAAAUAAUCGGAUGCCUCUAUCUUUUUUAGCUUCAGUUCCUCUGAUCUAUUGAAUUGACACCAGCCAGAUCAAGAAUUGGACUGUAAGGCACCAAGCUUAAAAUACCACCAUUUACCUUUUGAAACAGGAAUGUAUGAUAUGGAAAAUCUGAUAUCAUUUUUUCUCAUUUCUGCCAUACUUCUCCCUUUGGGAGUACAUUACAUUGGAGUCAUUUUAGUGACCGCAUCUCCAAGGAUGAAUCUGUCCUGGCUCUCUGACAUCUACUCCUGGUUUGCCAACUUUAUUUGAGGUGGUGAUGGAGACUAUAUAUAUAUAUAUUUCCAUUCACAUUAGUAUGAAUCUUCUGUAAUUUUGUCUUCUCUUUAUUAUGGUGAACUUAUACAGAAUUGAUUAUUCUUCAUGCCAGUAGUGGCAGGGAACACUUUUUCUGGCCUUUAGUUUAUAUGUACCAAGGAAAGUACAUAGCUCUUCUUGCCUCUCUAGUUGGGGAUCCUGUGACCUUGGAAUCACUGUAGUUGCCACCAGAACCCAUGUUGCAGGAGUCACUGUGAAGAACUUACUGUUGAUAUCUGGGAGAUGCUUCUCUAUUCAAAAGCCAUGCAAGCAUCUAUAUUCUAAGGUGAAUGCAAGGAAACAGCCCAGUUUUGUAAGGGAAAUCUCUCCUUCCCAGAUUAUGGAACAGCUGCUAGUACAUAAAACUGUGAAAAAGAAAGUCCAGAUUGUGGUCACAGUAUCAUUAGCAUUCUCUCCUGACACCAUGGCUCUGGUUUUGCAUGGAGAGCUUCUAUUUGAGGUGUGUCAAAGAAGGCAACCAGGAAAAGUUAACAUGUCCAGAACUACAGGUUCCUUACAUUAACAAUUAUUAAUGUAUAGAUCAAAGUAUGAAUGCUUCAUUCCAUCAUCUCACGGCACAGAAGGUAGUUUUUGCAAAUAGGAAACUUGAUCUUUGUCUAUUGCGGGAGAAUGAAAUGGGUCUGAGUUAAUUUAGAGACCAAAUCUAGUUAAGAGUACCUGCAUUCCCAUGCUUUCCUACCUUGCAAAUAUUAUAAGUUCUUAACUGUAACAAGGGGUGAAUUUGAUAGAUUUUGUGCAGUAAGACAGUUGGAUGAUUCACAGUCCAUCAUUUGAAUAAUUUCACAUUAACAUUCUAGCAAACAUGAGUCAUUUUAUUUGAAACAAUGGUCCAGGUUGGCUCUACUGCCAUCAUCCACCAAUCGCUGUUUCAUUUUUGAAUGGAUUGUAAUGCUAGGCUGUGUAUGCAUCACUUCAUGCUUCAUCUGAUAAACUUCACUGAUAAGGUGUUUAUGCGAUGGUUCUUGUUCUCUUGGAUUCAGCUCUGAAUAGAAGAACGUUGGAGUCAUUUUGGAUUUUUUUUGUUUUUGUUUUUAGAAACCACUUCCAAUUGAAACAAAUGCAUGUACAGAUUUAACAAAUAAUGGGCGGGUAUUUCAAUAAUAAAACAUUUGCUUAAAAAAAAAUUAAGAAAA